AUGGCAUCUCUCAAGACUCUUCUCUUCGGCCUCUUCGCUACCACGGCUUUGGCGAUGCCUUCUGGCCCUCGGUUCACCAAGAGGCAACUUCAGUAUCACGAUUUGUCCAAGCGCCAGAAUGAUGCUGCUGCUGCUGCUGGCCUCAGUGACUUGGAUAUCCUCCAGUUCGCCCUGACACUGGAGCAUCUUGAAGACACCUUCUACCGCGAGGCUUUCUUAACUCUCUCCGACGAAGCUUUCGCCCCUCUCGGUCUCUCAACGCAAACCCUUGACGACAUCAAGGCCAUUGGCAAAACCGAGGCUUCUCACGUAGUCCUCCUUCAGUCUGCCCUCGCAGGUAAUGGCAUCACACCUGUCCAAGAGUGCAAAUACGACUUCAAAGGCGCAACAGCCGACCCAGCCGCCAUGGUUGCAACAGCUGCUAUCCUCGAGAGUGUAGGUGUCUCGGCCUACCUGGGUGCAGCGCCACUGCUAUCUGACCCUGCUAUCCUCGGCACCGCUGGCGCAAUUCUCACUGUCGAAGCACGACAUCAAACCGCCAUCAGGAUAUUUUCUCAGGCAAAGGCAGUUCCUCAGCCUCUCGAUACCGCCCUUGGACCUAGGGCAGUCUUCUCACUCGCCGCACCUUUCAUCACGGAAUGCCCUGAGGGUUCUAACCUCAAGAUCGAAGCAUUCCCUACUCUCGCUAUGGCCGAGGGCCAGGACGUCAAGGCUGUAGCCAUUGGAGCUAAAGUGAAGCUCGCCUCCGAAGCUGCCGCUGGAGCGACGCACUGUGGUUUCACUUCUGGAGGUCAGCUUCCCGGUGGAACCAAAUUCACUCCCUUCACCGAGGGAGAGGGCUGUGAAGUUCCUCAAGGAGCUGCGGGUGUUGUCUACCUGACCUUGACCAGUGCUGGACCUUUGGAGGGCGUUUUGUCAGAUGACAUUACUGUGGCUGGGCCUAUGGUACUGACCCUUUCUUAA